AUGCUGGUGACUCCAGUCCCCCUGACAGCAGAAGACUUCAAAAUCACUCUCACAGAAUUGCGGACAUUAAUGGAAUAUCGAAAAAAGGAAGCAGUGAAAAAAAUUAAGGAGCAGUAUGGUGACACUUCUGUAAUCUGUAGACGGCUACGCACUUCUCCUUCAACUGGGAUAUCAUCAGCAGAAUUAGACAUUAGGAGAUCUGUCUUUGGGAUAAACUUUAUACCCCCUAAGAAACCUUUAACAUUUCUACAAUUAGUGUGGGAAGCACUGCAAGAUACAACAUUAUGUAUUUUAGAAAUUGCAGCCGUCAUAUCCUUAGGACUUUCAUUUUAUGAUCCCCCGGGAGGAAGUUUUCGAGCAUGUCAUUCAGAUGACUUUUCAGAUGAAGAGGAAGAAGGGGAGGCUGACUGGAUUGAAGGUUUUGCAAUACUACUGUCAGUCAUGUGUGUAGUGUUAGUUACAGCUUUCAAUGACUGGAGUAAAGAAAAACAAUUUAGAGGACUGCAGAGUCGUAUUGAAAGUGAACAGAAGUUUUCUGUCAUCAGGAAUGGGGCAAUGACACAGGUGCUAGUGACUGACUUAGUUGUAGGAGAUAUUGCUCACAUCAAAUAUGGUGACCUUUUACCAGCUGAUGGUUUGCUUCUCCAAGGGCAUGAUCUGAAAAUUGAUGAAAGCGCUCUCACAGGGGAAUCAGAUCAUGUCAAGAAGUCUCUGAUAAAGGACCCCAUGUUGCUUUCGGGCACCCAUGUAAUGGAAGGCUCUGGGAAAAUGGUUAUUACCGCUGUAGGUGUAAAUUCACAAACAGGAAUUAUCCUCACCUUACUUGGAGCUGGAGAUGAAGAUAAUGAAGACACCAUAACACCUAAAAAGACACAGGGCCCUGAGAAAACCAACGAUGAGGAAAAACCUGAAAAGGCAAAGAAGCCAACUCAUCACAAAAAGGAGAAAUCAGUUUUACAAGCAAAACUCACAAGAUUAGCAGUUCAAAUUGGCCAAGCAGGUCUGGCAAUGGCUAUAGUCACUGUCCUUGUCCUUAUAGCCUCUUUUGCUAUUCAAACAUUUUGGAUUGAUAAGCGUGUUUGGACUGUUCAGUGUACACCAAUUUAUAUACAAUAUAUCGUACAGUUCUUUAUUAUUGGUGUUACAAUUUUGGUUGUUGCAGUGCCAGAAGGCCUUCCACUUGCAGUCACCAUUUCACUUGCCUACUCCGUGAAGAAAAUGAUGAAAGAUAAUAACCUAGUGAGACAUCUGGAUGCGUGUGAAACUAUGGGUAAUGCAACAGCAAUCUGUUCAGAUAAAACAGGCACUUUAACCAUGAACAGAAUGACAGUAGUCCAGAUUUUCAUUGGCGGGACACAUUACAAAAUGGUCCCUGAACCUGAAUUAAUUGAUCUAACCGUGCUGGAUUAUUUGCUUAAAGGUAUUUCUGUAAAUUGUGCUUAUACAUCCAAAAUACUCCCUCCUGAAAAAAAAGGAGGUCUACCUUGCCAAAUUGGCAAUAAAACAGAAUGUGCCUUACUGGGCUUGCUUCUAGAAUUAUAUCUGAACUAUGAGGCUGUAAGAACGCAGAUACCAGAAGACAGUUUAUAUAAAGUCUAUACCUUCAAUUCUGACCGGAAAUCUAUGAGUACAAUUUUGAAAAAUAAAAAUAAUAGUUUUCAAUUGUUCAGCAAGGGUGCUUCUGAAAUACUCCUUCAAAAAUGCAGCCGAUUAUUGAAUGCUGCUGGAAAGCCUGCCCCCUUUUCAAAAAAAGAUAGGGAAAAUGUGAUUAAAAAUGUGAUUGCACCAAUGGCAUCUGAAGGACUCCGAACCAUAUGUCUAGCUUUCAGAGAUUUCCCAGUUGGCUUUGACCAAACAGAUUCAGUAUGGGAUGAUGAGGACGUUAUAAUCAAUGAUUUGACAUGUAUUGCAAUUGUAGGUAUUGAAGAUCCAGUUAGGCCAGAGGUUCCUGACGCAAUAAAAAAAUGUCAGAAUGCUGGCAUAGUUGUGCGCAUGGUCACUGGGGACAACAUUGACACCGCUCGUGCAAUAGCUGCCAAAUGUGGCAUUAUUCGACCUGGGGAGACAUUUGUAUGCUUAGAGGGGUCUGAGUUUAAUACACAAAUACGCGGUGCUGAUGGAAAGAUAAAGCAAGAACUUAUUGACAAGAUUUGGCCUACACUUUGUGUGCUUGCAAGGUCCUCGCCUUCUGACAAAUACAACCUCGUAGCAGGGAUCAUUAACAGUGACGCCACGGGACAGAGGCAAGUGGUAGCUGUGACUGGUGAUGGCACUAAUGAUGGGCCUGCGUUAAAAAAAGCCGACGUUGGCUUUGCAAUGGGUAUUGCUGGAACAGAUGUAGCUAAAGAAGCUUCUGAUAUCAUUCUGACAGAUGACAACUUCUCAAGCAUUGUUAAAGCAGUUAUGUGGGGCAGAAAUGUAUAUGAUAGUAUUUCCAAAUUUCUUCAGUUUCAACUUACUGUCAACGUGGUAGCAGUGAUUGUUGCUUUUACAGGUGCAUUUGUCACCCAGAAUUCUCCUCUGAAAGCCGUUCAGAUGCUGUGGGUCAAUCUCAUUAUGGAUACAUUUGCUUCUCUUGCUUUAGCAACAGAAAAGCCAACAGAGGACCUUCUGAAACGGAAGCCUUACGGUAGAAAUAAGCCCCUCAUCUCCCGUACAAUGAUGAAAAAUAUUUUGUUCCAUGCCGUAUAUCAGCUUGUAAUUGUCUUUACACUUGUGUUUGCAGGUGAAAGAAUAUUUGAUAUUGAAAACGGGCGAAUAGCACCAUUGGAGGCCCCACCUACCCAACAUUAUACUAUAAUAUUUAAUACAUUUGUGAUGAUGCAGAUUUGUAAUGAAGUCAAUGCUCGAAAGAUUCAUGGAGAAAGGAAUGUAUUUUCAGGAAUAUUCACAAAUACCAUUUUUUGUUGUAUUGUUCUGGGAACAUUGAUUGUACAGAUUAUCAUUGUUCAGUUCGGAGGGAUACCUUUUAGCUGUGCAAAGCUUACACUAGAGCAAUGGCUGUGGUCCAUCUUCUUCGGCGUAGGGACCUUACUGUGGGGACAGGUAAUCACAAGUAUCCCCAAUGAGUAUUUGCGGUGCUUGAGGGAAGUUGGUGAUGCCCUCCCACCAACAGAAGAUUGUGAAGAAGAAGAAGAUUGUGAAGAUAACACAGAGAUUGACUAUGGGGAGAAGGAGUUGCGCCGCAGUCAAAUUUUGUGGUGCAGGAGCUUGAAGAGAAUACGGGUUCAGUGUAGAGUAGUGAGAGCAUUUAGGGCUUCUCUCUACUCAGAUGUGCAGUCAGUAGCUAACUCUAAAAUUGUCUAUGAGUUGCCAUUAACACCUCCCAGCAACAGAUUUUCCCAGGCUCAGGCAGGCCUUCAAAUACUAAUGAAGGUGAUCAGCUAAACAUUCACACCUAACUGCAGCAGGGAAGAGCUCCUUGCCCCACCCCAGCCAUUCCACAGAUAUAUAAACCCAUUGUCCUAAUUCCAACAGACCUCACUACCUCUGAGGAUGCUUGCCAUAGAUGCAGGC